UGGUCACUUUACUGAGCCACCAACCAUUGAGCUAUAACAAGAAAAAACAACUUUUGCAUUUUAUUAAACAAAUGUUGUUGUGGUGAUUAAAGAGAAUCAGAAAAGUUUACAGUCAUCUGCAUGUGGACUGGCAGGUGUCAAUCACUUCACCCACAUGCUUCACUUCAUCGCUGAUAAAAGUCUGCCAGUUACAGCCAAACUUCCCUUUUCUCAAAUGCAGUCGUGUGUACGUUGAAGCACGCGUCUUAUUUUGUGCUUAAGCUUUGCACAGCUUGCACGGGAACUAUAAAUAGACAUUGCUAUCAUGAUCUCUGUGUCGUGCUGCUUUAAAUUCAGCUGUUGGCUGAUUCUGGCAUUAAACAUUAAGCUUCUUCUGUGUCAGAUAAGUAUGAGGACUCUGAAGACGUCACCCUGUGAUAUACAUGAAAAUCUAACGGAGAUGACGGUGGAGUACGACUGUCACAGCCGUCGGCUGAGAAAAAUGCCUAUUUUAAUAAAAAACACCACGAGCCUCGAUCUGUCCGAGAACAAGAUCAAAAACUUAACAGCAAGAGAUUUGCAAGACCUGGUAAACCUGACCCAUCUUAAUCUCAACUGGAUGAACAAGAAUCAAAAGGUCGCUGUUGCCUUUGAGGUUUUUUCCAAUUUCACCAAUCUCCAGAUAUUAGAGAUGAACGGCAUCGGCCUAAACAAAAUACCUAAAACUCUUCCCAAGAACCUGCGAGAACUCUGGUUGGUCGAAAACCAAAUCACUUUGUUAAACAAGAUGAUGUUCUUGCACAUAAAAAACCUGACACGUCUUUAUCUUUCAAAGAACUGCUACUACUGGAAUCCUUGUUUGAGGAAUUACAGGAUUGAAAACGGAAGUUUCUCAGCCCUCACCAGACUGAAACAUCUCACUUUGUCUUAUAAUAAUUUAACUCAUGUGCCCACAGGACUGCCCAUUAGCUUACGAACGCUAGAGCUCGCUUCCAACAGAAUAUCCCGCAUCGGAGAGUACGAUUUCCAAGGACUCAAAAACUUGUCCAGUCUUAAAAUCCAAGGAAACUGUCCUAGAUGUAAUAAUGCUCCCUAUCCAUGUGUUCCCUGUGAUAAUGGCUCUAUUGAAAUCCAUCCGCAAGCAUUCGCUAACCUCGAAGAGCUCAGUUUACUACAUCUUGCAGGAAAUUCAAUUAGUUCGCUCGAUGCCAAUUGGUUUAAAAACCUUUUAAAGCUCGAGAAACUUUACCUUUCCUUCAACUUUUUGAUAGGUGCUAUUAGUAAUCCAAUUUUUAUGAGUAACUUACCACUACUAAAAAAACUGGAUCUGUCUUUUAAUUAUGGUCUGAAGAGUUAUCCCGAAACUGUUGAACUAUCGAGCAGUUUCUCCAACUUGACCUCGCUUGAGAUUUUGCACAUUCAGGGUUUGGUUUUUAAAAGCAUCGAAGAAAAUACCUUGAGUUCUUUGUUUGGCCUACAAAAUCUUUCUGUGUUGGAUGUGGGUAUCAAUUUUAUCGUAUCUGCAGAAUCCAACAUAUUUUUAAAGUUUCAAAAUUUGAAACUGCUCUAUCUUUCGGAAAACAGACUUCACCCGGGGACGACAAACAAGCAACACAAGGCCGAAGAAGCAUACAAAGAUUUCAAAUCGUCUUUUUCGGUGCCCCCUUUGACGGAAUACAACAGACGUCAAAAGGAGCAUGUAUUUGAGGUUGCAACCAGACUCGUGAAACCCGAGUGUUUCGCUGCCGGUCGCGUGUUGGAUCUAAGUCGAAAUAACCUUUUCUUCAUCUCUCCUGAACUGUUUAAGGGAUACGGGAACAUUUCUUGCCUUAAUCUCUCCAGUAACGGUUUCGCCGCAGCUCCGAAUGGAACUGAAUUCACUUCGCUUCCGGGACUCAAAUAUCUCGAUUUGUCCUUUAACAAAAUCGACUUGGCUUAUAAUUACGCCUUCACAGAGUUACAAAGUCUCGAAGUGCUAGACCUUAGUUACAACCCUCAUUAUUUCACUGUACAAGGGGUCACACACAAUUUGAAUUUCCUCGAAUAUUUGCCCUCUUUAAAGGUUCUGAACAUGAGUUAUAAUAGCAUUAAUACGCUAACCACCAAAACCAUGUCCAGUCGGUCUCUCCAGGAGCUACAAUUCCAGCACAAUGACCUGGGAAAUUUAUGGAGGGUGAAAGACAAAACGUACACCCGGCUUUUCCAAAACUUGACCAAUUUGACCUAUCUGGACAUAUCGUAUAACUUUAUUGCCAAACUCCCAAAUCAGGUUGUCACGAACCUUCCCAAGAGCAUUCAAAAACUGAGAAUAAGCCGCAAUCAUCUGACACGUGUUAACUUGUCAAUUUUCAGACCUUUUAAACAGCUCCAAAAACUUGUUUUAAGCUACAAUUACAUUGAAUCCAUAUCUGGGAAUAUCUCAGAGGAUGUACCCUCUUUAGAGUUCCUUGAUCUUCAUAAAAACAGGAUAUCCGAGCUCUCCAAUGGAUUUCUAAUAGGGGCGGUGAAUCUCAAAGUGCUGGAUCUCAGUAACAAUAACCUGAUAACCGUCAACCAAUCCACAUUUCCACCCGACAGCGAGGUCUACCUGGACACGCUCUGGCUCAGCGGUAAUCCCUUCCACUGCACCUGUGAUUUACUUGAACUGGUUCUGUGGAUAUUUGACACCAAGGUGUAUAUACCGAGACUGAUGACGUCUGUGACCUGCGCCGUGCCCGAAGACAGAAGCGGACAGCCGGUUGUUCUCUUUGACAUCAAGGAGUGCAUCGACGACCAGGUGGCUUUUCUGGCAUAUUUCUUAUCUGUCGUCGUAAUAAUCUUCACCACGGUUGUAGCUCUCGCUAUGCACAUGUUUUAUUGGGACGUUACGUAUACCUUUUACUAUUUAAAGGCUAGAUUGUCUGGGUAUCAGUAUCUGAGCUCCGAAAGCUCCAUCUAUGACGCAUUCAUCACGUAUGACACCAGAGAUCCGCACGUGUCCGACUGGGUCCUCAACCACCUGCGGGUGCAGCUGGAGGAGCACGGCGAACGCUUCCUGCCCAUUUGCCUGGAGGAGCGCGACUGGACUCCAGGUUCACCCAUCAUGGACAAUUUGAAUCAGAGCAUCCAGCACAGUCGUAAGACGGUGUUCGUGCUGACGGAAAACUACGUUAACAGCGGCUCCUUCAAGAUGGCCGUCUUUCUUGCUCAUCAGCGCCUCCUGGAGGAUAAUCAGGAUGUGAUCGUGCUGUUGUUGUUGGAGCCUGUCCUGCAGUACUCACAUUUCCUGCGGCUGCGCAGACGACUGUGCGGACACAGCAUCCUCGAGUGGCCACGCUCGCCGUCUGCAGAGGCUUGGUUUUGGCAAUCUCUCCGGAAUGCAAUACGCGUGGAUAACCAGGCGAUGUACAGCGACCUCUACAGCAGAUAUUUUACCACUAAGUAGAAAAACAAACCAUAAGAAUAUGCUGUAUUCUUUACAAAUUAGUCUGCAAAUGUGAAUAUAAUGUGAAUAUAAUUAAUUUGCUGAUGUCUUCCUCUAUUAGACAUACACAAGAGAUCUAUCAAGGUCAUAAGACUUUUUAAGAUGUCAAAUAAAUAUAUGGUGCCCUCAGAGUAUGUAUGUGAAGUUUUGGCUCAAAAUACCUCACAGAUUUAUCAGUUUAUUAUAACAUGUUCAAAUUGUUACUUUGUAGGUGUGAGCAAAAUGUGCCGUUUUGGGUGUGUCUUUUAAAAUGCAAAUGAGCGGAUAAAGCAAACACUGAUCACCAUAAUGGUGGUUUGUUGAAAUUAAAAUCAAUUGUGGUGUUAAUUAUUUUUUCUCUCUCUGCACUAAAUGUCAGUGCUGUGGUUGGAUAGUGCAUAUUAAUGGGCGGUAUUAUUAUAAUAAGAUCCCAUUUUCACAUUUUCUAGGUUAAUAGAAGCACUUGAGACUCAAUUAUAGCAUUUAAAAAAUGGAAAAAACUGUAUAUAUAUUACCUGUUCUGUGCUGUUGAUGUUUGUUUUAGCUGACAGAGGUUAUUAAAGUGUAAGAUUAGCAAAACCUUUUUAGUCAUUCAGAGAGACAACAGUAGGUAGUCCAUGAUUAAUAGACAGAUGCUGAAUUCUGUAAGAUCUGUGAAAGAGUUGUAUAUACUUUAAUGAUUACAGGACAGCUGGGGGGACUUUACCACAAGGGCAUGUAGAGAAGUUAAUAGCUGAUUCACUAAUGUAGAUAUAUUUUACUUGUAUAAUCGAAUGUAUUAAUAAAUGAAUUAU